ACCCAGAACUUGGGUACUACGUUCUGCCGGCCGCGCCCACCAUGCUCAAGCGCUGCGGCCGGCGCCUAUUGCUAGGGCUGGCGGGCGCGCUGCUCGCUUGCCUUCUGGUGCUCACAGCUGACCCGCCACCGCCUCCGGUGCCCGCCGAGCGCGGCCGGCGCGCGCUGCACAGCCUGGUGCCGCCAGCACCCGGGUUGGGGGCAGCGGCGGCGCCCCGAGUGCUCGCCCGCGAGGUGCACAGCCUGUCCGAGUACUUCAGCCUGUUGACUCGCGCGCGCAGGGACGCGGGCCAGCCGCCCGGUGGCGCUUCCCGUCCCGCCGACCGCCACCCGCGGCCCCCGGCCGAGUCGCUGGUCCCUCGCGAUGUCUUCAUCGCGGUCAAGACCACCAGGAAGUUUCACCGCGCGCGCCUAGACCUGCUGCUGGAGACUUGGAUCUCGCGCCACAAGGAGAUGACAUUCAUCUUCACCGACGGGGAGGAUGAAGUGCUGGCCAGGCACACGGGCAACGUGGUCAACACCAACUGCUCAGCAGCCCACAGCCGCCAGGCGCUGUCCUGCAAGAUGGCUGUGGAGUAUGACCACUUCAUUGAGUCCGGGAGGAAAUGGUUCUGCCAUGUGGAUGAUGACAACUAUGUCAACUUGCGGGCCCUGCUUCGGUUACUGGCCAGCUACCCACACUCCCAGGACAUCUACAUCGGCAAGCCCAGCCUGGACCGGCCCAUCCAGGCUACAGAGCGAGUCAGUGAGAACAGGGUGCGUCCUGUACACUUCUGGUUUGCCACCGGUGGGGCUGGCUUCUGCAUCAGCCGGGGGCUGGCACUGAAAAUGAGCCCAUGGGCCAGUGGUGGCCACUUCAUGAGCACUGCGGAGCGCAUCCGGCUGCCAGACGACUGCACUGUGGGCUACAUUAUAGAAGCUCUGCUGGGCGUGCCCCUCAUCCGCAGUGGCCUCUUCCACUCACACCUGGAGAACCUGCAGCAGGUGCCUGCCUCUGAACUCCACGAGCAGGUGACCCUGAGCUAUGGGAUGUUUGAAAACAAGCGGAAUGCUGUCCAUGUGAAGGGCCCCUUCUCAGUGGAGGCUGACCCAUCUAGGUUCCGCUCCAUCCACUGCCACCUGUACCCGGACACACCCUGGUGUCCCCGCACCGCCAUCUUCUAGCAGCCAUGGCUGAGACCCCUGUCCCUGGGUGCCCCUGGUAUCCAAAGGCCCCAGGGACCUUGUUGUGCCACCCUGGCUUUGGCCCUAAGGCUCCUCCAGGGCCACACUCUUGUGUGUUUGUCACAUGCUCACCAGGCAGCGGGCUGCUGGGCAGUUUCGCUCCUUGAGGAGCUGGCAAGAGGACCCCACGCCCUGUGGUCCCUCUGUGGACAGCUCUGCUUUGUUUCGAGUUUUGGAUCUCUGUGCUCAUGGCCUCUCUGCAGGGAUGUGGGUGCCCCUCCCUGCGGAGCACAGGCCUGGAGUCCUGAGCCAGGCUUGGGGCAGGGGAAACUGUUGGGGGUGAGAAGCCUGCUCCCCUCCUCCUAGGAGUUCUGGCACCAUGUGUGUGGCUCUGAGUAACGGCAGCCACUGUCCCAUCCUAGUGACCCCAGGAUUCCCCCCAGUGAUUGUGCAGCUAGUGAACAGCCCUUUUGGGUUGGGAAGUCUUCCCAGGCCCCUGCGAUCCUGCCUUUGUCUCCCCGAUUGGGGGAGGCAGAGCUGAACAUUUUAUCUCCUCUCCAAAGUAGAGAGAAUGUCGCCCACAGUGGGCGUGUAUGUAAAUAUUGUGACAGUAUUUUUUUACUGUGCUGUUUUUGAAAGGG